CCGACGCGGACAAGGCCGACGCGGCGGCGGCGGCGUCGUCCGGGCCGGCGAGGAAGCCCGGGGACACCGCCAGGAACAUGUGCCGGCGGUACGCGCGCUACACGUGCGCCAGCAAGCACGUCACCUUCCCCUUCGACGAGAUCACCUUCGUGGACUACUGCGAGUCGCAGAACAAGACGGACCAGCUGAUCGUGGGUGGCCGCGAGGCCCGCGCCAAGGAGUACCCGCACAUGGCGAUGCUAGGCUACGGCGAGAAGGGCAGCAUCCAGUACCUGUGCGGCGGCACCGUCAUCUCGCCGCGCUUCGUGCUCACGGCCGCGCACUGCGUCUACAGCGCCACCUCGCCCGUCAAGUGGGUGGUGCUGGGGGCGCGCCUGCGCACCGAGAAGCCCCACGAGGGCGCGCGGCCGCAGCUCAUCGCCGUGGCCGAGCGCAUCAAGCACCCCGAGUACAAGCCGCCCUCCAAGUACCACGACAUCGCGCUGCUGCGCCUGGCCAAGGACGCCGUCUUCGAGGAGGGCUUCGCGCGGCCCGCCUGCCUCAGCGCCGAGCCCGGCGUCGAGAGCAACCACAAGAAGGCCACCGCCACGGGCUGGGGGCUCACGGAGUGGGACGGCGAGCAGAGCAGCGUGCUCAUGACCGUCAGCCUGGACAUGACGCCGCUGGCCGCCUGCAAGAAGGCCUACGGCAAGACCGGCAACGGCAUCCCGCAGGGCAUCCUGGACAGCCACGUCUGCGCCGGCUCGCCGGGCCGGGAUUCGUGCGAGGGCGACUCCGGCGGCCCGCUGCAGCUCUUCCCCACCGACCCGUACUGCAUGUUCCACGUGGUGGGCGUCGUGUCCUUCGGCCAGUUCUGCGGCUUCAACACGCCCGGCGUCUACACCCGCGUGUCGCACUACCUGCCCUGGAUCGAGGACACCGUGUGGCACCGCUCGUAGCGACACGACCGAGAGGGUGGCCCACCCGGCGCCGUCGCUCUGUCUCUGUCGCACUCACGGCUGGGUCCCCAGGGAGGCGAGAGAGACAGAGCGACUCUUCGACCGCACCUCGCCCACUCCACUGCUUGCCAAGAAAGCGAGCGAGUUUCUUAUUUUUGUUGAAGCACGCAGUAAUGGAUGAGCUGUCCGCUGGCGUUCAUCGCUCAUUCCUUCCCAGAGGCGUCUUCCUUGUAAUUUGUUGUUUAAUUUAUUGAGGCUGUUGAGAAUGAAUAAAGACUGAGAAUCGA